GCAACUGCUCCAGUUUACAUGCUGCGGGCAGUUUUACACGGACUGUAAGGAGGGUCGCCACGGCCUUCAGUCUCUGAAGACGAUGUUCCUUUAUUUAUGCAAGUAAAAUCACGGUUCCUGGCUGGAACUCACAGAAAAAAAAAAAAAAAGAAGAAGAAGAAGAAGAAAAGAAAAGAAAGAAAAGCUUGGCUGACAGAACGGCGGAGCCAAUCCCCGGGAGCAGCGAGUUCUCGCGAAACGGUGACGUCACCAACAGAGUCGCUCGCGAGACAGGCGGCUUGGUGGCGCGAGCGGCCGCUACCGUAGGCGGCUUCUGUGAGGAAAACAAACGUUACCUCACCUGUGGCUUGUUACCAGAAUGAGCGGCCCGGAUGGGGUCGAGAAGACCCCUGUCUCCGAAGCCUGCGGCCUCGCUAUUCCCGACCGUGGCCCGGAAGACCCGGACCGACUCCAGUGCGGGAGCCUCCGCGCGGAACCUCCGGCGACACAGGUGACCGCGGAGGCGGGUGAGGGCAGCUCGGAGGCAGUCGCGCUCCCACGGUCCCCGCGUUCAGAGGAGGGGCGCGUACCCCGGGAUCCCGCGGGCUGUGGCCCUGCUCCCCAGAUCCCAGUCGAUGGGGGCCGCGGUGUGGUGAGGCUUGAGGCCGGUCUGGGAGAGGCCCCGCCUUCUUCGGAGAGCCUGGAAGCAACCUCGGUGUUGGUGCAAACCGACAGCCGCCUGGAAAAUGACUCUCAGAGUGGGGAAGAAGCCCUAGAAACCCGUGGCUCAGAGAGGUCGGUGCCUGCAGGUAUGGCGCCGGGGAAGGCUGAGGAAGCAAAGGCGGAAAAGUGCGCCAUCUUCUCAGUAGCAGUGGUUGAGGAAGGGGCUGAGGUGGCAGCGAAGGAAAAGGAGAUCAUGGAGGAGGUUAUGGAGGUGGAGGAAAAGGCAGUAGGUGAAGAAAAAGAAGUGAUGGAAGAAGUUGUAGAGGAGGAGAAGGAGGAGGCAGGGCCCUGGCGUCUCAAUAUGGAUCUCCGUAUGAACCCUUUGGAGGCUAUCCAGCUGGAACUGGACACUGUGAAUGCUCAGGCUGAUAGGGCCUUCCAGCAGCUGGAGCACAAAUUUGGGCGUAUGCGGAGACACUACCUGGAGCGGAGAAACUACAUCAUUCAGAAUAUCCCGGGCUUCUGGAUGACUGCCUUUCGGAACCACCCCCAGUUGUCCGCCAUGAUUAGGGGCCAAGAUGCAGAGAUGUUAAGGUACAUAACCAAUUUGGAGGUGAAGGAACUCAGACACCCUAGGACUGGCUGCAAGUUCAAGUUCUUCUUUCGAAGAAACCCCUAUUUCAGAAACAAGCUGAUUGUGAAGGAAUAUGAGGUCAGAUCCUCUGGCCGGGUGGUAUCUCUUUCCACUCCAAUUAUAUGGCGCAGGGGACAUGAACCCCAGUCCUUCAUUCGCAGAAACCAAGACCUCAUCUGCAGUUUCUUCACCUGGUUUUCAGACCAUAGCCUUCCAGAGUCUGACAGAAUUGCUGAGAUUAUCAAAGAGGACCUAUGGCCAAAUCCACUACAAUACUACUUGUCACGUGAAGGAGUCCGUAGAGCCAGACGUCGCCCAAUAAGGGAACCGGUAGAAAUCCCCAGGCCCUUUGGGUUCCAGUCUGGGUAACCAUUGCCUCUGGGUAAACUUCUGCACAAGGACCCCUUAACCUCUUCUGGACUUGUUCUUGUGCAACAGCAACUGGUAUGGCUUCUACCCUUUUUUUUGUUUUUUAAACUUUUCUGCUUCUUUUUGGAUAUUCAGUUCUUUCAACCUCAAAAUUCCAGAUUGAGACUUGUCACUGGCACGUUUCUCCACUUGCAUAUGACCUUUUCACUGUUUUUGCAUUAAUAGCAUAUGCUGCAUGACCAUGGUUUACACCACUUCUAAAUCAAGCAAAUGAUACAGUAGAUUGCGCUGUCUUUAUCUUCACCACUUGGAUCCUGCUUAUUCCCAGGGCCUCUUCUGUUUCGAUCGUCUGGAUUUCUCGCCUUUUCGAGGCUCUCAUUUUACCCACUUUACUCUCCUUCCAGCAGUAUAGACACUUGGUUUAUGGACACUUACUAGGCGUUAAUGAUGACUGUGGAGAGCAGCAGUGGGCACUCAUUCUUUAUGAUUUAUACUGCUUUAUUAUGGUGCCUGACCUUGUUGCCUGUUGCUGCCUCCUAGUAGCUAUGCCUACCCUCCUUGGCUACUGCCAAGGUUUCUCUUUGCCCUUUUUCUCCUCUCUCUUUAAAAUAAAUACAACAAAACAGUGAUAAUUAAGAAACAUGUAUAAAAAUCGCUUUUUAAUUUAUUUGGGGUCUGUCAUUUCAGUAGAUUGUUAAAGCUCUUAUUGUCCUCUGCUCUCUUCCCAGCUCCCCAGCCCUUUUAGUAAUUUCUGCAAGGCUUAAAGGGAGUCAGAACUACAGGGAAUGAAAGGUAAGAUCUAGUUGAUCGUGGAUGGAAGAACUAGAGAGAUUGCAUGGGCACUCUCAGCUGGGGAAACUGAACAGAAGACUAGAGGCAGAAAUGAGCUAGGUAAAUCCUCAGACAAGAAUGAAGAUUGGAUUGAGGAUGAAGAUUGGGCUGAUAGAGCCUUCAAGGAAAGAGUACUUAAUCUGUCAGAGGUGAUAGGAGGAGAUUGUAACAGAAGAAUUGAAAGGGGUUAGAGUGUUAAAUCUAUUGCCUAGAUGAGGGUUCUUUAAAGAACCCAAACAAACUUUAGGUGUUCUUGUUUUAAUGUGACUUAAUUUAUGUGAAAGAGAUGCUGUGCCCCUAUUUCACUAGUAAUUAGUAAAAUCUUGUUAUUUUUUUAUUCAUACUGGGAAAAUCAAACUGCAGUAUUUAUUUUGCUUUCAGUUGGGAAUAUUUGGAAGAAUAACAUCUUUAUAGAGACUUAGUUGAAUAUUUGCAACAGUUUUCAGUUUGUUCUUGUUUUUAUUCAACUAUAUUCUUAGAAAUGUAGUUUAAAUAACUUAGUCUUUGUCAAACCUGUCAAUUGUUAUUUUCAUCUAAAAAACCUAUUAAAAGUGGUGUCUCUGUUACCUUAAUUUGAUCAUUUGAACUGUUAAGCAACUUAAAUUGCUUAAAUUCUUGUGAUAUUGCUCUGUCAAAUUGGAAGUAUACUAUUGGUGUAUUUGUCUGUUGUUUAUGCAUAAUGGUAAAAUAAAAGCAUGUUACUCUGCAA